AUGGUGCCGCUGGCCGGGGAGCCGACGCCGCCGCUGCCGGAGUCGCCUCGCUCUUCCCCCCCGGGGACGGCCGCCGCCGCCCGCUCCCGGCGCUGCUGCCCCGGCGGGGAGGGGAUCGGCGUCUGCCGCUGCCGCGGGGGGCUGGGCGGGGGUCGCCUUCUCGCCGCGUCUGUUUCCCGGCGCUCUCUGCCUCUCCGCCGCUGCUCCUCCUCCGGGAGGAGGCGGAGGUGCUCGGAGGAAGACGGGGGGGGGGGGGGGUCACCUUCCACCCGCCGCGGCUGCCCGCCGAGCUCGCGCUCCGUUCCCUACGCGCCGAUCCGAGCCGAACCGAUCCGAUCCGUCCCGCCGACGAGGGGCACCCGGGCGGAGCGCCGCGACUUCCCCGAGCGGCGGCGGAGCGGCAGCAGCGUGGCGAGCGGCGCCGCCUGCUCCUCACUCACAUCCUCGCUGCUGUCUCGCAGUCCGAGCGCGCUACCGCGCGCCGCCGCCGUGCCCGCGCGCCCCCUCCUCCGCGCCGCGCCGCGCUCCCCCCGCGCCGCCCCUCCUCCUCCGCGCGCCCGGCUUGGCUCAGCAUGGCUCAGCCCUGCCCGGCUCGGCACGGCGCGGGGCGGGGCGGGGCGGCGCGCCCGGGCGGGGCCCCGCGUCACGACCCGGCUCCGCGCCCCGCUCCCCCGCCGCCUUCCUCCGCCCGCGCCGCGCAUCCACUUGUUGCGCGUAGCACGCAUGCCCGGCGCCCUGCCCGGCCGCGGGGUACGGCGGCGGGUAGCGCCUCUCCCCGCCGCGCCGCGGCCGCGUGCGUGUGCGCCGCUCCCGGGCCGCGCCUUCUCAGUUCACUCUCGUUUGCCGGCCGUGAGGCCGCGAGCGCCCGGCGCCGUGCCGGAGGGGUCCCGCGUGCCCCGGCGGCGCCCGGUGCCCGACCCCGCGGCCGCAGCGGGCGGCCCCGCGGUGCCCUGUGGGGCGGGGCGGCGGGCGAGGGAGCGCCGAGAUCCUCCCGCGCUCACGCGGGGGGGAGGAGGAGGAUCCCCCCGCGCCGUCGGAACGCGCGGCUGUUUUCCCGUUUACCCCUUUAACCGGCUGCCGAUGCUUGCGUAACGCCGCCACCGGGCAGAGCGCUCGCAUCGACUCCGCUCCACGGAAAUACGCGGAACGUUCGCUUCGGCGGGGGGAAAGCGAAACACAUAACAGGGCCGGCCCUUCCCCGCCGAGCUCCGUGGGCGGAGCGGCGCGGCGGACGCCGGCGUUGCGCGGAGCGGCGCCGCUCGUGCCGAGAGCACCGUUGCGUCACGGGCGCGCCCUGAGGCUCGCGCGGGGCUCGGCGCCGCCCGCCGCGUCAGCGCGCCCCGGGAGCCUCCGCCGCGCCGGGCGGCCGCGGUACUGCCGCCGGGCCGCGCUGGGGGCGCGGCGCCGCGCUGCGGCCUUUGUGGGGCUGCGCAGCGCAGCGCAGCGCAGCGGGCGGGGCGGGCGCGGACAGCCGGACACAAACGCGUGCGAGCGCACACUCGCGUACGCGCGGCCGCUUACUGGCGCCUGAGCACCGAGCACAAAGCUGCCUCGUGCCCGGCUAAUAACGUUCCACGACUCACGUGACGAAAAGUUGUUCCUUUAAAUAAUUCCUUUCGUAUCGCCACUGCGUCUCAUUUCCAUUUUUAGUUAUCUAAAGCGUUUUGUAUGCGUCCGGUUAUAAUCUACGAAGCCGGCAAACGAAUUUGAAACGUGCGUGAGACGAGCUGUUGUAAAGGAGAAGCUUAAUACGGCGCGCACGCCGAGCUGGCGGCGCAGAUAGCGUUCCGCGAGGAGCUCCGUUCUAACGCAGCGAUCCCGCAGCGCCCCGCACACGGGCAGGACGCGCUCCCGGCCGGGGGGCUCGGGGCCAGCUGCCGGGCUCGCUCGCCCGCGCGCCUUCACCUGACCGAAAGGGUCACCUCCGCUCGCCGCAGCUCUCGCAAGGUCGAGAGCCCUGUCCUCCUCCCGCCCCGCGCCGAUCUUCGCACGAGAAGCGGAGAGGAGCGGCGGGAAGAGGUCGGGCCCGCUUAGAACGCGGAGGUCGCCGGAGCCGCGGCUCUCCCCUCGCCGCGCGGAGCUGCGGCCCGGCGCCUCGUAGGGCCUCGCCGGCACCGGGGCCCCGCCGCGCGGAGCCGCCCCCGCUCCCCCGAACCCUGCAAAAGGGCCCUUAUUUGGCGGCGCCCGGCUCCGAAGAGCAGCCCGCCCUCCCCGCUGCCUUUAUGGGGGUGUAAAUAAUAAUCGCCUUAGAUGUAAUCUCGCCUCAGAAAACCAUUUGCAGGUGCUGUCAACUCCCUCUAUAGUUCGUGAACAGAAAAAGAGCGGAGAUUAGCAUCUGUGACCCGAGCAAACUGCCUUUACUUUUACUUGCGGGAUACGCAGUCCUGCAAAUAUGUUUGUUUUUCCGUAAUGAUUAAACCCCGAUUUAAACUUUGGUCAUGGGCACGCACCGUACCAUUACGCAAGUGGCACUUAAAGAUGAAGUGUCGGCGCAGCAACAAUAUGGCCAGCAGCGGUGGCGAUCUCUGAAAGCUGAUUGAUGAAGAGAGCCGCAAUGUAAAUGCAAAUAAAUGGCACACCGUGGCACCUUCACGGAGAACGAGUUGUCAGGAUCGAUCUCAUCUGUUAGGGGAGAAUAGAUUGAACGGUGGCAAUGUCGCGGAGCUGCGGCGCGUGGCAGCACCGUCCCGGCAAGGGCUGCGCUGCGCUGCUCACCUGGUGCCCUCCGCACCCUGCAGCGCUGGCGGUGGGCCCGGGGCAGCCGCACGGGCCUGGAGGGCUUUGUGCUGAACGUGGCCGGUGUUUGUUUAGCUCUGAAAUAAUCCAGGAAUUAAAAUUGCGUUUGGAGGAGGAAAAGAGGAAGGCCGAACAAUGAAGCCAUUCAGGUGCCCGAUGUGGCUCAAUGAAAAAAAAGACGCAAGCAAACAAAAAACAGCGUAAGGGGGAAAAGGACAGCGAUGUGUUUAAUAAAAGGGAGGGGAGCACCAGGAGAGACCGAGCGGCAGUUGUGAACAACCGCUCCGCAAUUGCUUUUUGCACAGAAAUGCGAGUCAGCACUUUGGGUGCAGCGCUGGGACUCUGCACAUUGCCCGUCGCUCCCAGCCCAUCAGCAGUCCCCGUGGACAGGAACACAGUUCUCACUGCCAGAAGUAACGUCUAACUCCUUCCUUUCAGGCUAGGAUAAACGCUGCCAUCCAAGAAUCCUUUUCCCUUUAUUCCCCUAACCUGCUGUAUUCCAUACCACACACGCACGCACAUCUGCGUAACGCCAAAACAGCAAGUGAGCCUUGGAUUUGAAUGAAGGAAUCAAAGCGAUUGUAAGAAAGACGAGGUGUGCAGACUGGCCAGCACCUUUCUUAAUGCAGCUGCUAGGAAGUAGAGGGUGCACUGCACCAUGAAGGAAGAAGGGACACAUUCCACGUGCCUGCCUGAGCCUCACGUCUGCCAGGCUCUACUCUUGUGCCACCAAAGCACUGGGAUCGCUAUUGAUUUUGGCACUGGAAUAUUGCUGAUUAUUGAUCAGCAGUCCAAUGUUAAUUAUGCGGAAUAUAGGACAGCCCUAGCGUUUGCAAGCAGCAAUAAUUAGGAGCCCAUGAUCUCGGCAGUCUGGGAAAGAAUGCUCUAAAUGCUCCCAGCCUGGGAACGUGCUUAACUCUUUGGUGCUCGCGGUGCAGAGCUGUGGCACUGCGUGGUGUGGCAGUUGCAGCAGCUGCUCGGGAUGGAGGCGCUCAGCCGCAGAAAGGGCUCUGCCCUCUGUGGUCAGAGCAGAGGCUACAGCUGGAAAAAAUAAAGGGGCCAGAAGGAAAGAGCGCUCCCCAGAGUGUGAUUUACGUGGAUUUACCUCAGUAUGGCAAAUAAAAUAAAAUCCGUCACAAUCAAAUUACCGGCUUCCAAAACGUGUAGAGAUUAGCAAUGAACGGAGUGCUUGCAGGUAAAGGGAACGCGUUCAGCAAAUCAAAACACCAACACUUCAGGUAGAAGUUGCAGAAUUUUGUCAAAUUCAAAGUUGAACAACAUUGUCUUCUACUAGAAGCUGCCACAAAGUGUCAAAACACCUGGUUACAAAGAACGGGAGUGUAAUUACAUGUUUCUGUUUAUCAUUUCAGUUCUCAUCUCAUUAUAAUUCUGUAUUUUCCUACCAUCCUUCAGGUAGCAAGCCUUGUUGACAUACACAGAGCCUACUGCUUCCCUCCUCCCUCCCUUUCUCCCUCCUUCCUUCCUUUCAUCCUUCCUGUUUUUUUCUUUCUCUCUGGCCUGCAGCACUCAAACGUGUCCGAACAGCCGCUGCCCAAAGUGCUGCCCAGUUUGGUGGUGCUUUUCCACAUUUCUGCUCCCCGUGCCGCUCACAGCACCCGCAGCUGCCCCGCUCUGCGCCAGCCCCUGAUGCCACCUACACCCAGGCAGCUUUGUGGCCCCACGCCACCCAAACGUCCCAUUUUUGCUCUGGAAAGUGGUUACGGUGUGAGACCCAGCCCAAAUGGAUUUUCAUACAGCUGACUUGAUGGUUUUUAAACCCAUCUGCAAGCCCAGAUUUCCAUACGUUAACUAACCUUUGCCAAAUCUUACAGUGCAAAAUAAAGACGCCUAUAAUGAAUUCUGCUAACUCUGCAAGGGACUCAGCACUGGGUAGCGCAUUUUAUGCUCGGAUACGUAGAGACUGGGUCCUCUCCACUGUUGUUAUUUUUGCUUUGUCCCUGGAUUGUUUUCAUCUUACAUCCUGUGGACGUAGUAAACAAUCAACAAUAAUGAAUCAACUGAAUCGGUACAUUUUUUUCAAGCCAUUCCCACUGAGAGCCACUUGCACUUUCGUGACAGCUAAGAAUCUGCCAAACAUUAGCUUAGUUACCAGCAAGACAGCCCCCCUCCCUUCACCCCAUACACAGAUUGUUUAUCAAAACGUUCUGCCAAGAAAAAUAUCCCUGCUUUUGGCCUCCGCCAGUGAUUAAUAACACUUGAGAACUGAACAAAACUUUACUGUGUUUUCCAAAAAUGGGGGAGGUGGGAAAAGGAGAGGCAAAUUAAAAAAGAAAAGGGGGGGGGGGGGGGAGAGGGGGGAGAGAGAAAGAAAAAGAAAAAGGAAGAAGGAAGCAAGCAAGAAAGUGAGAGGAAAAAAAAAGAAAAAUAAAAAGGCAAAGGAAGAGGAAGAGGAAAAAAAAGAAAAGGAAGAAAAAAUAAAAAGGAAAAGGAAAAGAAAAUGAGGAAGAGGAAGGAAGGGAGGAAGGAAGGAAAAGAAACCACACACCCUUCCGUUAUUUCACAUGGCACGGGCUGCUUUUGCUCUGUAACUAGGCCGUAUGAAGAGACCUGAACCACUUCUUCUCUAAGACCACGUUGUAAAUGCUGAUUAACUUUGUUAUUGAAAGAAGGAUAUUACGGACACAGGAUGAGGGUGAGAAUAGAAGGGGAAGGCAGUUUCCUUUAUUAGGACAUAUCAAGAUGAGCUUUGGGGGGACACGGAGGAAAAAAAGAUCAUUUACUUUCUUUUCAAAGACUGUUGGUAAAAUUCCUAAGGGAGACCAAGUGCCAAAAUUAACUGUCUUGGCGUAUUACUUUUAGACACUGCUGCCCGGGUGAAUUAAGUCAAGGCUUCAAGCAGCAGCCAAAGAUAGCUGCAAGCUGAAAAGAGGCGAUGCAUUUCCUUGUUUUGUGGUGAAACUCACAAAUUUGUGGAGAUUGCCUUUGCUCCAGGGGUUUUUCUUCUCUGUCUCUCUCCCCUUCUGGGCUAUUUUUACUGUUUUAUAUUUGGCAUUAUAAAUGUGCUUUGCAAUGGGAAGGUAAGGUAAAAAACAAGCAAUUGUUAAGAAAAAUAAGAGAAGUUAAAAAAAUGUACGUGCUCCCACAUGUACUGAGUCUCUGUGUACGUACACAUACAUGUCAGAGCACCCAGACAUUCGUGUCCUGUAAGACAUUUUUCAUUACCUUGUACUCCAAAAGGCAUUAUUUAGUAAAAGAUAAUAAACAGCACUCGAACAGUGGGAUAUAGACUAGUGAAAACAGUUUACUGAAAUUAAUGAUGCUGGAUUGAACCAAACCUUCCCUUUGGAAUUAGUGCCAGACAUAGUUUUCCUGAACCCUGUCCAACUGCCUGAGCGACAGACAAUUUUCAUUCUAUUUGUGCUAAAGGCUUAUGACUAGUGCUGGAAAAUGAAGCCCUUGCCCUUGAUCUCAGUGCAGAUUAAAAAAAAAAAAAGAAAAAAAAAGCAGAACCGUGCCAAUUUGUUUCCUCUGCCAACAGAAGCCCUUGUGCUUUGGGUAAUGCAAAACAAUACAAAGUUCACAUGCAAACU